AUGCAGACAUAUCGUCUUAGUGGUGUUGUCUGGAUCCAUUCGGGUCGGGUCGCGAGGAGCUUGGAGCCUGUGGUGGAGCAGCGUGGGAAAAGCGGCGGUACGGAUAAUGGGUCGGGUCAAGCUGAGGUUAAGAAAAGGAAGAAACUGAAGGGGAAGAGAGAAGUGGUGAGGUGGCUGAAGUUUUUCAGGUAUAAGAAGAAGAAAGAUUACGAGAGGAUGACGCCCGAAGAAAAAAUCCUCUAUAAAUUGAAUAAGGCCCGGAAGAAAGAGGAGAGACUACUCGAAGCCCUUCAGAAAAUCGAGCCGAAAGAUUCUUCAGAGACCACCCACGAUCCAGAAAUACUGACACCCGAAGAGCACUUCUACUUUCUGAAGAUGGGUGAAAAGUGCAAGAAUUAUGUGCCCAUUGGGAGAAGGGGGAUUUAUAAAGGGGUUAUACUGAACAUGCACUUGCAUUGGAAAAAGCACCAAACUUUGCAAGUUAUAGUAAAGACAUUUUCUCCUGAAGAAGUGAAGGACAUUGCCUCGGAGCUUGCAAGGUUGAGUGGUGGGAUUGUGCUCGAUAUUCAGGAAGAUAACACCAUUAUUAUGUACAGAGGGAAAAACUACUCUCAGCCUCCUACAGAAAUAAUGUCUCCUCGGACAACUCUCUCGAGAAAGAAGGUUCUUUUUCGUGCUUUUCAUUUUCUUAUCAGCUCUCAGUUAGUGGUUUUAGAAAGCUAUUAUGAGAGGUAUUUUAGCCAGAUUACGACAAGAACUUUUAGUUCAAUGUUAAUAUUAAGGAUGAUCUGUUGA